AGAUUUGGAUUGUCUAUUGACAGUUGACUAUCAAAUUUUAAUCGUUGUGAAUUCGGUUUUGAGCUGGAAUUAUUAAAAAAUUACAAUAUUAAAAUAUCGGUGAUUGCUAAUUUAAUGCUACAAUUACACUUUUUGAUAACCAGUAUAAAUUUGUAGUUCUGGUACAAGAUGAUAGCCAUCUAACAAAAUUGUGGAGAUAGUUGAAUCAUCCAGCUCUAACCAACACAAUGUUUCAAAAGCAGACGUUUGGUAACACCACAUCCGGCUUCGGAUCCUUCAACGCCGGAGCCAAUACAUCAUCACCGUUUGGUGGGUUCAAGCCGGCAACAGCCACCAGCGCCUUUGGAGCUGCUCCUGCCUUUGGCUCGUCUCCCGCGAAUACAUCGACAGCUGGAGGAGGCCUCUUCGGUCAAACCAACACCUCUGGAGGCCUAUUCGGAGGCGCCACUGCUGCCAACCCCACUCCGGCGUUCGGCUCCACUGGCUUUGGAUCCUUUGGCGCAAGUCCAACUACUGGAGGUCUUUUUGGAGGGAACACUGCGUCUACUGGUCUUUUUGGGAACACUCAAAAUAAUACGGCGUUUGGUGCUAAACCAGCUGGCUUUGGCUUUGGUAGUACUCCGACAGCGGGACCUUCAACUGGUGGGCUGUUCAGCUCUGGUGCAUCGACAAGCGGUGGGCUGUUUAGCCAGCCCACUAGUACUCUGGGCGGUGGUGCAGCUUCAGGGGGACUGUUCUCUACUAACACUGGUGCGUUCGGCCAGCAAGCGGCUGGUACAGCCCACGUGAAGUUUCACCCCGUGGUAGGCACAGAUGUCGUCGUCAAGGGAGGUGCAUCACAGACCGUCAAUGUACGACACCAUUGCAUCACAUGUAUGAAGGAAUACGAAGGCAAAUCCCUGGAAGAGUUGCGUUUUGAGGACUACACGGCGGGAAGAAAGGGCAGCUCGGGCGGGAUGUUUGGCUUUCAGCAGCCGGCCGAUAAUACGGUUAAACCACUCUUUAAUUCCUCAUUUGGCCAACCAGCUACAACCACAGCACCUAGUCUCUUCGGAGGUGGAAAUUUGGGAACGACCAGCGGAUUUGGACAGACGAAUACGUUCUCGUUUGGUAAUACUGCACAAAAUACAACAACGACUGGCCUAUUUGGUGCGAAUAAACCGGCUUUUGGAGCCACACCCACCACUGGUACAGGCCUGUUCGGUGCUACAACGACCCAAGCGCCGGCCUUCGGUACCACCACGUCUACCUUCGGUUUUGGACCUACCACACAGAAUCAGCAAUCUGGCGGUCUGUUCGGAGCGAAGCCAACGACAGGAGCCUUUGGCAGUACGGCCACGAGUGGCUUCGGCUCUUUCGGCGGCGGAGGCCUAUUUGGGGCGAAGACCCAGCAGACCACGGCACCCACUUUUGGCACUGCAACACCCGCAUUUGGUGCGACAUCUAGCGGUUUCGGUACAAAUACAUCGACUUCAUUGUUCGGCGGAAAUACUUUUGGAAAACCGGCAACCACGCAACCCACGUUUGGAUUCAACUCGCAACCUACCCUUGGUGCAGGUCUUGGUACUGGACUCGGUACGUCAUUCCAGACGAAGCCGAAUACAUUUGGAACGACACUAGGUGGUGGCUCAUCGUUAUUCCCACAGCAAAAUAAUACUUUUCAAACAGGUCUCAACACAGGAUUGGGUGGAGGUCUCUUCAACAAUAACUCUUCGUUGGGUGGAAGCGGCCUCGGUUUGGGACAGAACAAUGCCAAUACUAGUUUGAUGCCCGGCAGUGGUCUCGGUUCGUCCGUGGGUUCCAACGUACACGAGCAAAUACUGACGCUAGCAGCCAGACCUUAUGGAGAUUCGCCUCUCUUUAAAGAUUUAUUACCGGACACAUCAACAACGGCCGAGGACGCGUUGAAGCCGACCAAUCCAGCGGCUGUUAAAGCGGUGUUGGACAGCAGUAACGCCGCUUACAGAGUCACUUCGCCCACCGGAGGCAGACUGAAAGUGGUGCCUAGGACUGUUACACAGGAUAAGAAAUCUCUAUUCGAUGGUCUGGAAGAGAGCGACGCGAGCCUAGAAGACAAGUUGACUCUGAAGCCUUCCAGGAAGAGAUUGGUUCUACGGCCCAAUACCAAUUUGGACAAUAGUUUGAAUAACAGAUCCCUAGGUGAAUCACCUCAAGUAAACGGAACAAGUCAAGUGGACGGCUCCAUUACAGCAGAAAGAGAAAGAGAUAAUUUCCCCAGUAAGAGUAAGGAGGGGUUGCGAGAGCAGAAUAGUGAUAUAGAGCUCCGUACAGACAAACAAAAUGGCUGGCCUUCGAGACAUUCGUGGAAUGAAGAGAAACCGAUUGAUAAUGAAACGCCACGGUUAUAUCCAAAUCUUGAUAAAGAAAUGCCGGCCCUCGAAUCUGAACGACGAGCUAGUUGGUUGACAACAAAACCGCUCCGAAAACCGCAAGUGUCCAACGCGGAAUUAGCUGAGAACUCAGUAAGAGAGCUAGGAGUCAAAGAGAGUUCCACUUCCACAGAUAAGGAGAAUAUCGACACUUUCUAUAGUGAGUCCCAGUGUCUUCAAUUUUGUUCCCAUCGCUUCGGCGGUCAGACCCCUUGUUACACUUGUGAGAAGGUUGCUCAUCAGAUAAGAGGCGUUUAUGAUGAAAAUGUGUCCACCCACGAUGCGCCAGUUGAGGCACCGCCUCAUCCGGCUGGUGUUAAAUUGACCAGACCGGGGUAUUACACUAUUCCUUCGUUGGAAGAGAUGAUUAAAUACAUCGGUCCUGAUGGUAAAUGCGUGGUACCGCAUUUGACGAUCGGCAGAAAGAAUUAUGGAAAUGUCUAUUAUGACUGUGAAAUUGAUGUCACCGACAUGGAUUUGGAUGCUUUAGUACAUUUCCUGAACAAGGAGGUGAUAGUCUACCCGGAGGAUAGCGAGAAGCCGCCUUUGGGCGAAGGUUUGAACCGACGCGCCAUUGUCACGCUGGACCGUGUCUGGCCGAGGGACAAGACUGAGAAACGUCCCGUUACUGAACCGGAGAGAUUGUUAAAAAUGGACUACGAAGGCAAGUUGCGACGUGUGUGCGAUAAAUAUGACACCAGGUUCAUUGAGUAUCGCCCACAAACUGGUAGCUGGGUGUUCAGGGUGGAACACUUCAGCAAGUAUGGCAUAUCAGAUUCGGAUGAGGAAGAGGAAAUUGCGCCUCAAGUUUUGAAACGACAACUCGUCAAUCAGAGUUUGCAGAAAGCGGCUGCUACCGUCACAAAACCAGUAGUGCCCGUAACACCAGCUCUAGGAGGUCUUGGAACAAAUAUAGGCCUCGGGUCAAACCUGACCGUAGGGUCAAAUUUGGGUCUAGGCGGAAUGGGAUUCAAUUCCUCUGUGGGUGAUGAUGAUAUGUUCCUGCAGACCUCGCUCAAUUUGAUGAACGGGUCCAAAGGUUUUGAAAUGGACACGACAGAAGACAACGCAGAUGCGACCAGUCUAUAUCAGGAUAACAAAGCAUUCGGUGUGAAGAGUCCUACCUCCGAGUUGGCCCGUUUGGAGCAUAGACAGAGCCAUAACGUUCAGCUCAUGAAAGCUUCCUUAUAUGCUGAUACUGAAAUGGAAGACGACGUGUCAAUAUCAACGGGCGAUCAGAUGGUGCCUCAUGCCACGGCCUCCGUCAUCUCGAAACCACCGACUUCUGUUUCGCACAUGGAGAUGGUUGAAGAAGCACCGGUCGUUAUUGAAGAACCAGUUGUACGUCCCCUAAUCGUGAACCCACAUACAGUGAUACUGAAAUAUCACAGAAAAGUACCGCCUUUCAAGAAAACAAUCGCUGGUCGCCUAAACGCGGAUUGUUUGGCCGACAUGUCCGUGUGUCGCGCCCGUCACAGCCGCGUCUCCUUCGGCCCCAACAACGCACUGGUGUUCAACACCACGCAUGACGUCAUUUCUGAAUUGCCGCGCAAAUCGGAUCUAUGUGAGCUGGGCAGAUAUGUGUUGGGAAGGUCAGAUGAGGACUGGAGCGAGGCCGUCGUGGCCAGAGUUCAAAUCGGACAGGCAGACAGUAAAGCCGUUUUGGACACCCUACGUCGUCAGCUCCAAAGCCUUCUCGAUUUCUCUGCCCCCGAAGACCCGUCGCGACCGUUUGCGCGACAAGUCGUGCAAGAGUCGCCGGUUAGUCGCAAGCAGCUGCUCGAGAAGUUGUUGGAGGACGCCUGUAAGGAGGAGUAUAGUGCGCGGUUUGGCGUGUCCAGUUCGUACAGCGUACAAGUUUGGAAACUGUGUCAGGCCCUCUGGGGUGAAGAUCUUCUCAAUGAUGGUGUACCGGGAACGGACGAGCAAGCUAUCGUGAGCCGCCACGAGGAUCUUUUGAAAUGGUUGAAAAAUGCAGUCGCCGAAAUCACUGAUGAUGAAUUAUCGCAGCCAGUAGACGUUGACCCUGAAGAUGAAAAAGAUGGUCACAGCGCCCGUGUUUGGACGUUAUUACUGGGCGGUAGAAUCCUGGAAGCCUGCAAGCUUUGCAGGGAAAAUCGUGAUUUUAAUAUGGCAAUACUGAUCGCUCAGGCUUAUGGUGACCCCUAUUUCAAGACUCUGUUAUCGCGUCAGCUGAACAUCUGGCAGGAAUGUGGGGCGGAUUCUCUCAUCUCGAGCCAUAAAAGGGCAAUACUGUCUCUGCUCGCGGGGCGAAGCCCUAACUCAGAACUUGAAGCGGUGGACUGGUUGAGGGUGCUCAAUGUUUGUGCAAGAUAUCUCUGCCCUCAAAUACCAACACUAGAGCAGAUAGUGCGUACAUACGAAGAACUAUUCAGCCGGGAGUCGAACGUGGAUCUGACCACAGUGCCAGAAGAGAGUGUCAACAUGCGAUUGCCGACACCCGAUUAUCAGCAGGAGUACACGGUUUCUAUUGAAUCGAAUGGCACGUCGCGUCGGAUACUUGACCUUCGUUACGAGUUGAUACGUGCGCGUGCGUUCAACACACGGCCGUGUUUCCAUCCUGCUGCGUACACGCCUCAUCCUAUUGACCACAGCCUGAGCUUUCUCCUGGGUUGUUGGUUCGGCCAGCCGACAAUUAAGUCGAUCGUGGGAUUGGCAGAAGAGCUGGAGGGUUAUGGCGAGUGGCAUUUGGCCGUCCAGGCGCUUUUCUACCAUCCAGAUGAUAAAAUUCGUGCUCAUCUCAUCCAAGAGCUAAUAGGCCGCCACGCACCAGCGGAGGCUGAUUCCUCAGUGAAGGCUCGCCUUGAGUUUGUUGAGAAGUUGGGAGUCCCACAGAAGUGUUUGCUGCUCGCUAGGGCUCAUAGGGCGAAAUAUGAGCACCGUCCCCAAUUAGAAGCAGAAUGCCUGGUCGGCGCAGGCGCGUGGAAUGCGGCGCAUUCUGUACUCGUUGAACAAUUGCUGCCCGAAGUUGUGUUAUCCGAUAAAGUGAAAAGCGUCCAGCCGAUAAUAGAGAAGUUGAGCGAAGCCGCGCGUCGCAACGAAGUCAGUGGAUGGGAAAGUGGCGGAGAGGCUCUGUACCAUUACAUCUAUGUUUGUGACGAGAUACGAGGGUUGGUGUCGGCCGCGGAAGGGCAAGAGGCGGAAGAUAGGUCGAGUGUCGCGUGUCGGUUGGAGGCCCUUACGCCCCGAUUGGCAGCCGCUUGCAGAGCGCUUACCCUAUUUAAGAGCAAAUCACCCCGAGCGUUGGCCGCUCGAGCAGAAAUGGGUGCGAGGCUGGUGCAACUGGCGCUGGCCGGGGGACACGUUUCCGCGCAUCUCGCUGCCCUGCUGCAGGACUUGGACUUGCCGCCAGAUUGCGCUGCGCAUGCGCACUAUAAGAUUACAUCGGAUCUAUCGGACCAAGCUUCGGAAUUCUGCUUGGAAUCAACUCAGAGCUCCCCCCUCUCUUCUCAUAGAACAGCUGUACGUAGCUAGAAAAGAAAAUUACCAGUAAAAAAAUUGCAUGUAAAAAAAUCUCUGUGUGAUUAAAAUUGUCAUAAUUUUUUUUUAUGUUAAAUUUUUCCUAACAUUUAGUAGGAAAUAAUCAUUGUAAAAAUGCGUUCAAAUGAAUUUUAUUCUGGUAAACAAUCGUUAGAACAACGAUUCGUUUUUAUAGUCAAUAACGAUGCGUAAUAUUGGUUAAAUCGUUCCUUUUAACGCAUUUAUGUAAAUUGUAAUAGGUUUUAAUAAUAAAAUAGAAAUAAUUGUACAUAUAUCAUGUAAGAUUCAAGUUGAAUGUUUUUUCCUUAUCACUUAGAAAAACAUUAUUUAACUAAUUGUGGUUUAUAGUAUGUUUACAAAGGCUGUAGAACUAAUGUAGGAUUUAAAACGAUUUGGUAUUAGUAAAAUUUUAAUGUCAGAUAUGGUCUUAUAACAAACUUGUUGCCGGAAUACAAACUAAAUUUUCUUUAGCAUUUUUUUGACAACUAUUACAAUCCUGUUGAUUAUUAUUGAGGCAUAUAAAUUAGCAUUUCCAAUUAAAUUGGAUAUAUAAAUUAGCUAAAAAUGUACUUAUAAGAGUUAAAUUUCAUUUAAAUUAUCAGUUUAUAAAUUAAAUUUCUUGAAAAAUACACAUUUUUAUUCAAACAAUUCUUUUUAAACUCGAUAUUUCUCUUAAUUAAUUUCUAUCAAAUUAAAUAGUCAAAAUGCAACAUUGGUACUUCAUCAACUAUAUGGAGACUGUUUUUUCCGUGUCGACUACAGUGCAUCGGAGGAUUUCAUUCUAUAACUUUUUCAGAGUCUAAGGAAUUUGAUUAGGGCAUGGUUAUUAUAAAAUCAAUAAACUUUUUCAAUGUAUAGAUAGCUUUUCGCAGCCUUGUAACAUUAAACUUGUGACAAUUGUACAGAGCUUAAAGCUCCAAAUGGAAUUCAAGUCUUAGGGAAUAAAUAUAUGCAGAAGUAUGUGUCUGUUUUAUAUCUAUAAGGUAUAAUUACUUUGCCCUGUAUCAGGGCAGACACAUUUCUGCACCUUCCACUGUUUUGUCUAAUGAACAUUGACAUUUCCACCCAAUUUUUUAAUUAAAAAAAUGGUAUUAAGUAUGGAUUUUUAUAUUGUAAUAUGCAAGUUUUCUGAUUAGAGUUUGUUAUGUUAAGAAUAAUUUUUGAUUUGUAAUAAAUAUUUUCGGAAUA